CACGGAUGUCUUUGCAUUUUUCCAAAACGUUGGAUAACAUUUCUCUCAGCAGCGACACAACUCGUGGAGGACUUGCACACGCGCAACGACCAAGCUGACGCACAUUCGGUAUCGAAUAAAAAUGGACUUGAAGGGACGAUGAUAUUGUUGAUCGCAAUAACGAUCGUGCAACAAGAGGCAGUGUCGGACACUUGUCCGCUGUGGAGGACGUGCUCGGCAGCGUUGACCACGGGCAGCCGCCGUCGUCUCCCUACGCAGGAGAGGAGGUCAUGUCUAAAAACACUAGCGGUACAUGCUAACAGGUCGACGCCGACCUGGUGCCACCCUGCUCGGCUUCAAGACUGAUGCUAACCAUGCAGCUGCAGCCAUGCUGACCUGUGACAUCUGUGGCGAGGAGACGUUGCUGGCGGAGGACAUGAAGACGCACCUCCUCCUCAGCCACGCGGAGAGCGAGGUGCGCUGCCCGCUCUGCUCCCUGUCAGGUGUGUCGCACGACGAGCUCCGUUUCCACAUCAGCUCUGCACAUCCAGAGGGGCAGUGGUCGCCGGCACCGGCUGCCGGUCCGGCCGAGAGCAGCGAGCCUCGAUUCGCCUCACCGUCCUACUCGACACCAACCGGUCACUCUGCUGUCACCGCACUGGUCCGACCCAAACAGAGCGCUGCACCUGAACGGGGCUGUUCGUCCGUCAGGCGCAGUAAAGGAGACGGAGGUGACGGACAGCACAUAAAGGCCAAACAGAAGCGGCUGUCUCUAACAAGCGAAGAGGAGCAGUUCUCCUGCCCCAUGUGUGCGCUCGUGUGCAGCAGCUGCGACGUCCUGCAGGAGCAUGUCGAGCUGCAUCUGCAGGAGCAGUGCUUGCCCGAAGAGGAGACGAGACUUCGGUGCCCCGUGUGCUCUGUCGUCUGCAGCGACAGUGUCUCUCUGCAAGAACACGUGGAACUGCACUUAGACCAUGGAACAGCUGGGAACUAUUCAGCAGCCGGGGUGUGCAGCUCUGACCUGGAGCUGGCCAGACAGCUGCAGCAGCAGGAGGAGGAGCAGCGUCCGGGGGAGGAGCAGGAGGAGCGGGAGUUCAAGAAGCUGCAGAGGCAGUUUGGUCUGGAUGGCACGGGGGGCUACCGCCGACAGAUGGAGAGGACCAUGGAGAGAGCAGUGGCCAGGGGCCUCAUGGCCCCCGCAGACUUUCACUGCAAGCGGGCUGAGAUGAUGGAGUCUCUGGCCUCCGGGGUCGACGAUGGCAGAACCAGAACUCGUGGUGUGGUCCGAGCGCUGUACGAAUACUACCAGACCGACAGCAGAGACCGUGAUCACGUGUGGCUCAGCGCCGACACCGACCACUUCUGCUCCUCGGCGGGGGAUAAGGGCUGGGGCUGCGGAUACAGAAACCUCCAGAUGCUCCUCUCCUCUCUGCACGGCAUCGACGCCUACUCUCCUGUCCUGACAGAUAAAGCUGUCCCGAGUCUCCCGCGGCUGCAGAGCAUGACGGAGGCGGCUUGGGAGGAAGGACUGGAUCCACAGGGCGCGUCCCACUUCAACCAGCGGCUGCUGGGAACCCGAGCCUGGAUCGGUGCCACGGAGAUCUACAGCCUCCUCACCUCGCUGAGAAUCAGUGCGAGCAUCAUCGACUUCCACCAGCCCACGGGCCCGGGCGACACCCACCCCCAGCUGUUCGACUGGGUGAAGCAGUACUUCUGUCAGUCCAGCAGCAGCAGCAGCAGCAGUAUCAGCAGACGACUGCCCCCCCGACUCAUCCAGACCCGGCUGCCCCCGCUCUAUCUGCAGCACCAAGGCCACAGCCGCUCGAUCGUGGGCCUGGAGCAGAAGAAGAACGGCAGCCACUGCCUCCUGGUUCUGGAUCCGGGCUCCUCGGCCUCCGACGCCAGGAAGCUGCUGAGCAGGGACACGGUGUCCGCAGCCGUCCGCCACGUCAGGAGGUUCCCCAGCAGCCUCAAGCACAAGCAGUACCAGGUGGUGGCGGUGCGGGGCGUGUUGUCUGCGGAGGAGAAACAGAUGAGCAUCUUGAACUCCAGGACAUUGUGUGCAGAACGGAUCCCGUGAACAGUGACACACCUCUUUAUCUCGUCUUUGUCUGUUUUUACUGUGAACGCACAUUUCACUCCUCACAUCGGGAGAUGUUUUAAUGUAGUCAUCAUGUGCAUAGUUAAAUUAUUUUAUGAAAUGUACUUUUACAAAUAAAAUGUUUUAAAAUAAA